CGUUCUUUGAGGAAGUGAGUGUGACGACGAUCGGUGUCUGCGCAAUUGACUGUGGUCCGCUCUUACGAAUACGAACUCCAAACUCCAUCACCUUUUCGGGCUUGGGCGGGGAGUAGAGUUAUACCCAGGAGCUACGCAGCCUCUCCUGCUGUAGGUCGGUCGUUCACCCUAAUCGUCUGCGCAGGAAGGAGUCGUCGCACGCCCUGCGGCCCCCGAGACAGUCGAGAGGCCAGGGAAGGACGGGUGGGUGGGUGGUUGCCCUCCUCGUCCUCGUCCUCGCCCGCGCCCGGUCACACUGGUUUUCUCUCCCGCCCAAGUGAUCGCAAAAUUUUGAAAAAAACACAAGGGCGGGCGCGAAAUUUUCUCCCGCCCAAGUGUUCGCGAAGGAGUUUGAUUGUACGGGUACACGUGGUAGUACUUUGCGGCAGAAGCAGGCGCGAAGGAAACGACAAAAAUGGCUUCAGGGCUGGAGCCUCUGGUCGAGCAGACCAUAUCUGUGAUCACGAAUGAUGGAAGAAACUUCGUGGUGAGUUCCGAGGUCCAUUUAACCUUUAUGGUGGGGUUGCUGCCACUCUCAACCCCUUUAGGCGAAGAAACCGAAACGAGGGGUGUAAUUUGGCGGGAACAAGAAAAUAUAGAUAAAAUAGAAAAAAGAAUGCAGAAAGAACGAUAUCAUCAAGCCGAAAAGAGGGAGCCUCUGCAGGGCGGGUGGGCGGGCGAGCGGGAGGGAGGGAGGUAGUAAAGGAGGGAGGGAGGGGGGGAGGGAGGGAGGGAGGGAGGGAGGGAGGGAGGCGGGGGGGAGAAGAGACACGUCCCUUUACUCAUGACUCCCGCCACUAUCGCCUUCUUUUUCAUUCCCUCUCCUUUGAUAAUGCGGAUGGCUUCUUGGUGUUCUUUGAACGUUCACACCUUUGAUAAUGCACACCCACACCAAGGUGCUCUUUUGGGCGGAGGGAGGGAGGUAGUAAGGAGGGAGGGAGGGAGGGAGGGAGGGAGGGAGGGGGAGGGUGGGAGGAGAAUCGCCAAGGUGCUCUUUUGCGCGCCAAGUAAUGGUGAUGGUGGUGAUGAUGAUGAUGAUGACGACGACGUAGGAUCGUAAUUGAUGGCCACAGAUCUUGCUCGAUUAACCAGGACACGUGA